UGCCUCCGAGGGGUCGCGGGAGGCGCCAUUUUGGGCCGGGCCAAGCCGGGAGGAGGGAGCGCCGGGCGCUCGGGGUGUCCGCGCGGGGCCGGAACCGGCGUCCAAGGCACCAGCCCGCGGAGUCGGGGCCCCGCCCCUCCGUCCGCAGCGCCGAGUCCCGAGGGGGAGGCGGGGCCUGGAGGCCAGCGAUGGAGAGCGACUACUACAGCGGGGACCAGUCAGAUGAUGGUGGAGCUACCCCAGUUCAGGAUGAACGGGAUUCAGGGUCUGAGGCUGAAGAUGAUGUAAAUGAACAGCAUUCUGGAUCAGACAAUGGAAGCAUAGAGCAUCAUUCAGAGAAUGAGCACAGUGAUGGCGAAGAUGAUGGUCCAACUAGAGAACAUCACAUGACAGACUCUGAAAAUGAAGAUAUCUCAAGGCAAAAAGACAGUGAUUCAGAAAAUGAGGAGCCCUCAAAUCAUAAUGCCAGUGAUUCUGAAAAUGAAGGGACUCACGGGGGUAAAGACAGUGAUUCUGAUAUUGAGGACCAUCCAAAUCAGCAUGAAAGUGACUCUGAAAAUGAGGAUGCCAUAAAUCGCCAAGCAAGUGACUCUGAAAAUGAAGAACCUCACAAAGAUCACAGUAGUGAUUUUGAAAAUGAGGAACCCCAAAAGCAACUGGCUAGUGACUCUGAAAAUGAGGAACCCCGAAAGCAACUAGCCAGUGACUCUGAAAAUGAGGAACCUCAAAAAGUUCAUGCCAGCGACUCUGAGAAUGAGGAGCCCCCAAAGCACCUAGCCAGUGACUCUGAGAAUGAGGAGCCCCCAAAGCAUCUAGCCAGUGACUCUGAGAAUGAGGAGCCCCCAAAGCAUCUAGCCAGCGACUCUGAGAAUGAGGAGCCCCCAAAGCAUCUAGCCAGCGACUCUGAGAAUGAGGAGCCCCCAAAGCAUCUAGCCAGCGACUCUGAGAAUGAGGAGCCCCCAAAGCAUCUAGCCAGCGACUCUGAGAAUGAGGAGCCCCCAAAGCAUCUAGCCAGCGACUCUGAGAAUGAGGAGCCCCCAAAGCAUCUAGCCAGCGACUCUGAGAAUGAGGAGCCCCCAAAGCAUCUAGCCAGCGACUCUGAGAAUGAGGAGCCCCCAAAGCAUCUAGCCAGUGACUCUGAGAAUGAGGAGCCCCCAAAACAACUAGCCAGUGACUCUGAGAAUGAGGAACCUCAAAAAGUUCAUGCCAGCGACUCUGAGAAUGAGGAGCCCCCAAAGCAUCCAGUCAGCGACUCUGAGAAUGAGGAUGCUCCCAGACGCAAACAAAAAAUAGAGUCUGACAGUGAUGGAGAGAACAGAACAGAGGAAGCACAGAAUGACUCUCAUCAUUCAGAUAAUGAGCAGGCAGGAGAAAGAUUUCAUGGUUCUGACAGCGAGGAGGAAGGUCCAAAGAUACGGAAAAUAGCAGACAGUGAUGAAGAAGAGAAAGAGGAGGAGAAGUCAGUUAAGAGAAAAACAGCUAUCCUUUCUGACAGUGAGGAUGAUGAGAAAACACCUGCAAAGAAAGUACGAAUCAUCUCAGAUGUGGAAGAAUCUGAUAGUGAUGCAUCAGAGAAAUCUGGUAAAGCAAAGAAGAAUGCUGUAGCAUCAGAUAGUGAAGAUGAGGAGGAGGAGGAGAGAAAGGACGGUGCUGGAAAGAAGAAAGAAGAGAAAGAUCUAUUUGGGAGUGACAGUGAAUCAGGGAAUGAGCAAGAGAACCUUAUUGCAGAUAUAUUUGGAGAGUCUGGUGAUGAGGAAGAGGAGGAGUUUACAGGUUUCAACCAGGAAGAUUUGGAAGAAGAGAAAGCAGAGGCAGAGAUGAAAGAGACAGUAGAUGAUUCAGACUCCGAUGAUAAUAUUAAAAGAGGGAAACAUAUGGACUUCAUGUCAGACUUUGACAUGAUGCUACAACGGAAGAAAAACCUGAGUGGCAAGCGCAGACGAAAUCGUGAUGGCGGGACAUUUAUUAGUGAUGCUGAUGAUGUAGUCAGUGCCAUGAUUGUUAAAAUGAAUGAAGCUGCAGAGGAGGAUAGACAGCUGAAUACUCAGAAGAAACCAGCACUAAAGAAGCUAACUUUGCUACCAACUGUAGUUAUGCAUCUUAAAAAGCAGGACCUUAAGGAAACUUUCAUAGAUAGUGGUGUGAUGUCCGCUAUCAAAGAAUGGCUUUCCCCUUUGCCAGAUCGGAGUCUACCAGCACUAAAGAUACGAGAGGAACUCUUAAAGAUUCUACAAGAGCUGCCCAGUGUGAGCCAAGAGACUCUGAAGCAUAGUGGGAUUGGGCGAGCUGUGAUGUACCUCUACAAACAUCCGAAGGAAUCAAGACCCAACAAAGACAUGGCAGGAAAGCUAAUAAAUGAAUGGUCUCGACCUAUCUUUGGCCUUACUUCAAACUACAAAGGGAUGACUAGAGAGGAGAGGGAGCAGAGAGAUUUGGAACAGAUGCCCCAGCGAAGGCGAUUGAGCAGCUCUGGUGGUCAGACUCCUCGAAGAGAUCUGGAGAAAGUGUUAACAGGAGAAGAAAAGGCUCUUAGACCUGGCGAUCCAGGAUUUUGCGCUCGUGCAAGGGUUCCAAUGCCCUCAAACAAAGACUAUGUGGUCAGACCAAAGUGGAAUGUGGAAAUGGAAUCUUCCAGGUUCCAGGGAACCUCUAAGAAAGGAGUGAGUCGACUGGACAAACAGAUGCGGAAAUUCACAGAUAUCAGGAAAAAAAGCAGAUCAGCUCAUGCAGUGAAAAUCAGCAUUGAGGGCAAUAAGAUGCCAUUGUGACCCUUCACAGAAUGCCCCGUGAUCUCUGCUGUAAGACAUGCACCCAUAGACUCUUUGGAGACCUUUACAUUUUUUAACAAGUUUUUUGGUUUUUAGUGUAUCUUUAAAUUGUUGGUUCAGCUUUCUGGUAUUAUAAAACAUUGUCUGAGGCUUGUAAAUUCUGGGACUUCUUCCUCCUGACUGUAUUUAAAGUUGCUCUAUUGUGUCCUUUGUACAGAUCAAAUACUUGUUGUACUGCUACACACUUUAGACAAUAAAAUAUCCUUCCAUUUUUUGGGGGGCUGUCUGUUGUUUGGUCCAAAAUAAUGUGUGUAUCAAGGAAAAGACUGGAGAUACCUAAAGAACAGGAAGAGGUUUGCAUUGUGGGUGAAAUGCCAGUAUGUGUGAAUUCUGUUCCUACCAUGUAGCUCUUCCAUUUUCCCUUUAUUUUGGUGCCUUCAUUUUUAUUUUUAUGACUUAUUAUUCUGCCUUUGGACAACUUAAGAUCUCAGAUUUGAGAUCAAAUCGCCUUAAAUGUUGGCCCUCUUCUGCUGUAAGGAUUCAGUUUUUCAACACCUGGUGCAGAGUUCAAGAAGAUAAGAUCUACAUGAAUAUCUCUAAAAAUACCAGGUGCUUCAUACAAACUCAAAAGUUUGAUCUACCUAAGAAUUUGAGAAUCACUGGCUGUCCUUGGUAAAAGAUCAAGGCAAAAUUUUCAAAGGUGAAUGAUUUGGAGAAGCAACUAGCUGCAGUUGGAGGACAGUGCUUUGAAUUGUGAUAUCAGCGAAAAAAAUCCUCUCUCCUUCCCCUGCAAAUUUAAUUUUCAAGGAAGAGAAACUAAGCCAGGACUGUGAAUCUUUUAGGUUAUCAAGAUUGCCUAAAGAGACUGAAAUUAGUUUGCUGAAUAAUUUAAGUGAUCUGUUGAUCCUUUAGAUGAUCGUGCUGCUACUUGUUCUUUGUCCCUGAUUGCUGCAAAAAAGACUUCAGGGUGGAAUUCUGUAUCUCUACCUCUGAAACUAUUCUUAAUUGUCUGUAAAACUGGACAAGAGAAAUACAAUUAUUCUCCUCUUUUUAAUGGCAGGAGGCUUGGAGUUCAGUGAGAAAUAGCAAUUUCUAGAUGGAGCGUAUAACAUUUUAUACUACUUUAUAGUGUAAGAUUCUUGCCUUCUGUGUUGUCGAAGCACUUAGCACCUGUUGCUUCUGCUGUAGAAGAACUCCAGAAGCUGACAGCAAAACAGAUGAAAUCAAAAUCCUGAGCUUUGAGCUCCAGCCUUGCAUUUGAACUUACCUUAUGGACUCUUCAUUGCUGGCAUUCUGGUACGGUGCAAUGUCUGUCCAAGUACACUCUUCCUGUGCUGUUAGUUGAUUUGUUUUUUUUAAAUUAAGAAUUGCAUGAAGAGCCUUUGCAGAUAUUAAAUUGGCUGUAUGGUGAUAGACACAACUCCCUGGAUUCAGAAGGAGUUUUACAUCAAGAUAUGUGAGUAUGGAAUUUGGUCCCACAUGUAUCUGAGUUGAGGCCGUCUGUCCUCCUCAUCUUCUUCCUUCACCCUUAUUAUUUUUUUCCAGUUUCUCGGGAGAUUUUUUUUCUCCUGUUGCAUAUACUUUUGGCAGUACGUUUAGCCUAUCUGUUUUAUGCUGGAAAGCAGUCUGGAACUGUAGACAGCAGGGCAUAGGGUUUUUAAUUCAUUGGAUGUUGUGUUUUGGAGCAUAGAACUGGAAGAUAACUCCUGGGUCAUUGAGCCCAGUGUGCUGCUAUUUCAUGCAACUAUAUCGUGAUAAACUAUCACUUUUCAAAGACUAGUAUAACCUGCUGUACCUGGUGAUAGACUUUCCCAUAAUGAAAAGCAAAGAGAAUAUGCAUUUGAUUGCAUUGUCACUGUUCUGAGGGAAUGAUUUAAAUGCUUUGGUCAAGGAUGAAGUGGGGGUGGGGAAGAUUUCUAUUAAUUUGGUCUUCUACAUUUUUUUUAAAUUGAGACCUUAACAGUUAAGUUGAAGUGUGUUCCCACAAUUUAACUUGUUUGGAGGAGUUCUGCAAUUACAGCUUCCUCCCUCUCCUUUUCUCCUGUUGCAAAUAUUUAACUAGAAACUCCUUUUUAUCAGUUGCAGCUGAGAGAAUACAGCAGUGUGACUCUUUAAUAUAUAGUGGGAACAUUAAUUUUUAAAGAGGGAAGAUGUAGUUCUUUCCAGUAUCUAGUCUAGAUGAAUGCGUGUUGUUCCACCCAUCCUUUUGGUAUUGUGCGCUUUGGGAGGAUAUGUGAAAUGAUCUUAACUUUUCUUUUUUUUAACAAAGCACAGGAAGUCAGCCUCUCACCAGGGGGCUGGCUGGCUAGAGGCUAGGUUCCCACCAUGUUAUCUCUCCUCCUAGUUUUAGGUUGUUUGAAGGUUGUUGCUUAGUACUGGUAUUUUUUCCAAUUAUGUUCAUCAAUAUUUCAUGUCUGAAUUGCUGGUUUUCAAAUACUGUGACAG